AUGUGGGCCAGGUCUGGUUGGUCGCUUUCUUUGUUAUUGCUGGGACAUGUGUCAUCCCUCACUACUCUUUAUCAGGGUUGGGAUAAAAUGGAGGAUUGGACCCUAACUUUAAAGAAAUUUCGAGACAACAUGGCAGCCUUAGCAGCGCAAGGCGUUCCUGAAACUUUAGGGGGGGAUAUUGAUACUCGCCUUUUCAAAUCCAUCACUGGCAAGUUGAAGCAUGGGAAGGCAUUGGCGUCGACCACAAAUAUAGAAGCGGCCGCGUUACUAAUAAGAGCAAUGUGGAAGGGAUUAUGGUCGGACUUGAACAACAAGAAGGACGUGUUUGAAUUUUUGCGGGAAGCAAAAGGAGGACCAUCGCUGACAGAGUUAGAGAAAAUGAUAAAACCUCCCCAUCGUCUCAACCUACCGAUUCACUUGGCUGCUUUUGUCUCUCCCAUAGGACUUUUAACAGGAGUUCAGUUAUGUGGUCGCGACUACGACCGAUUCUCGAUUUUUUUGAUGUGGAAAGCAUUGGGAAAUAUGCAACCUCUUCCUCUUCGUUUGUGGAGCAUAGAAAAACUCCUCUGGGACGCUAUUUUCUCUGUAGCACGGGGACAAGAAACAGGUCAUGGGGCGCUGACCACCUUCCUUAUGCUGGUUCCAUGGGAUCAGUUAGGUGACCUCCCGGAACAUGACCGCCGCUGGUUCGAAGCAAAACAGAAAAUUGAGAUGAAAUAUCUUGAAACGCUUGACAAUAUCGAUAUUUUAGAGAUACCAACUCUUUGGCCAUUGAAGAUUACAACACAAGAAUCGCCAAUUUUGGACCCUCCGUUGAAUCCAACUUCGAUUUUAGCUUCUGCCACAACGCCCUCUUUAAUGGAGGGAACUGCUCUCAAUGACGCCCAAAGUCACGGUAAUAUGGUCAUGUGUGAUCCACUUGCCGUCAUCAAUGGUUCGCCAACCCACAAGGGCACCCCCAUAGCCAAUCUUUCCCAUGAAGGUCAUCUUGGAGAUGCAACACCUAGUGCAAUCGGGGCUUCCGCGAUGAGUGGUCCUCAAACCCAUGAAAUCAUGCCUAUAGACAAUCUCGACAGUGGCAGACACUUUGGAGAUGCAGAAUCUAAUGUAGCCGGGGCUUCCAAGCUCGGUGAUUCUCAAACCCCUGAAGACACACAUUUAGAUGAUCUCACCAGCGGUGUGCAACUCGGAAGCAGAGAAUCCGGUUCAGUCAGGACUGCCGAUGGACACGUCGGAGGCAAAGAAUCCGACGUAGUUGGGGGUUCCCAAAACUAUCACAACGUGCAAACGGCAGACUACCAAGAUGGAGCAUCUGACUUGUCCGAGCUGUCUGAGCUGUCCGAUGAAGAAGAUAUUACUAAACCAACGUUAUCGGCGGGGUCUGCCCAACCUACUACUUCACGAACUUUAUCGCAUCAGGCGUCUGUUAAACCCAAAAAACGAAAGACAUCCACAUUUGUCAAAGGAAUUGGGUCCACCCAUGAUUGGCCCAUUGACGAAGCUGAGAUGGAAAGAAUGCAGGCACGUCCACCUUCGCCCAACUUGCAGCUUAAUGAGUCAGUGAAGGCCAAGGGGCUGCGAGCGGAAGAUCCCGAGAAAACGACUCCCUUCGUCUUGUCCCAUCAAAGUCCCAAAGGAGUUGAAUCCAGGGUCGGAUAUGGGAGACUAAAUCAGCGUGAAGAUAACGCCGUACACAAUGCGAUAGACUUGUAG